AGCGUAUUCCCUGCUUAAGAAAAGUGAUGCCCUGUAACAUGAUGUGGUCAGGUGGGCAAGCUGUAAACCAUGGACAAGUUGUACUACCAGUAUCGGGAGUCCCUGAUGAACGCCACAAGAAUGAUGGACGACAACACGCUAAACCUCGAGGGGGAUAGCCUGGGCAUGGGCGUCAUCCGCAAGGAAAUCGACCUCACAAACGAGGAAAAGCAGUACCUGCUGGCUGUAGAGCGAGGCGACAUACCAUCCACCAGGCAAUACCUCUCACUGAUUGGGCACUGCUCAAACUUGAACAUAAACUGUGUCGAUCCCCUUGGGCGAACUGCACUGUUGAUUGCAAUCGAGAAUGAGAACAUUGAGAUGAUUGAGCUACUGUUGUCGCACAAUAUUGAGGUCGGAGAUGCGUUGCUGCAUGCAAUUGAUGAGGAGAAUGUGGAAGCAGUGGAACUUAUUCUUAACCAUGAAGUGAAUCUCAAAGGAGAUCAGGUUCUACACGAAACCGCACCAUCCACUUCCUUCACUCCUGACAUCACCCCAAUAAUUCUUGCCGCUCAUCGAGAUAAUUAUGAAAUCAUAAAAAUACUUUUGGACAGAGGUUUCCGUAUACCAAAACCUCACGACGUACGUUGCAGUUGCAAGCACUGUGUUACACAGAGUAGUGAAGACAGCUUACGACAUUCACGAUCAAGGAUUAAUGCUUAUCGUGCUCUUGCUAGUCCUUCGUUGAUAGCUCUUUCGAGCAAAGAUCCCAUAUUGACGUCGUUCGAGCUUAGCUGGGAAUUGAAACGUUUGAGUAAACUUGAAAAUGAGUUUAAGAUUGAUUAUGAAAAACUGGCCAAAAAGUGUCAGGAGUUUGCAGUGGAUUUGUUAGAACAGACUCGCGGUUCCAAGGAGUUGGAGGUUAUCUUAAAUCACGAUUCCUCGUGUCCCGGAAAUGAUCAGGAGUUACGAACUAGUGACAAUAAGAUGAAGUUGAGUCGAUUGAAAUUGGCCAUCAAAUACAAGCAAAAAAAGUUUGUUGCCCACCCCAACUGCCAGCAGCUUCUAGCCACGAUGUGGUAUGAGGGCUGUCCCGGUUUCCGGCGUCACAACAUCAUCUGCAAGCUCCUCAUCACAGUGAUGAUCGGUUUCCUGUUCCCAAUACUCAGCAUUGUUUACCUCAUUGCUCCCAAGAGCAACCUCGGGUAUCUAAUUCGGAAGCCCUUCAUCAAGUUCAUCUGUCAUAGUGCUUCAUAUAUCCUGUUUUUAAUGUUGUUAAUUCUUGUUUCCCAACGUGUUGAAAUUCCGUUUCUCGAUAACGACUCAUCAGCAUUUGUAAAGGACUCGAGAACGGAGCUACGGGGCGCCCCAGCAACCUCGAUAGAGUGGAUGAUCCUUGCGUACGUGAUCGGCCUCAUCUGGACGGAGAUCAAACAGCUGUGGGACGAGGGGGCGGACGAAUACUGCCACGACAUGUGGAACAUUCUGGACUUUGUCACAAACUCCCUUUACAUCGCCACGCUCACUCUCAGGGUUAUCGCAUAUUUACAGGUUGAAAAGGAGAAAGAGCUGGGUCUGACAGAGCACGCAAACCUUCAACGGCAGAAAUGGGACGCCUAUGACCCGAAUCUGAUCGCAGAGGCCCUGUUUGCUGCAGCCAACAUCUUCAGCUGCCUCAAGCUCAUCUACAUCUUCACCGUGAACCCUCACCUGGGUCCCCUGCAGAUCUCCCUGGGCCGCAUGAUUAUGGACCUCAUGAAGUUUGCUGUCCUCUAUGUACUUUUGCUGUUCUCGUUUGCAUGCGGUCUAAACCACCUCCACUGGUACUAUGCGGCGCUUCGGCGGGAAGAGUGCGAUAAUAAAGACCAGCUUGGUGCGGCUUAUUCAGCUAAGGCAAAUAAUGCCGAGUUUGACCCUUGUGACAGGAGAUUUAAAAGCUUUGCCAAUUUAUUCGAGAUAAUUCAAAGCCUUUACUGGGCUAUUUAUGGACUUGUGGACCUGAAUCACCUAGAGCUGGAAGAGGACCAUGAGUUUACAGAGUUUAUAGGCAAGCUGAUGUUCGGAAGCUAUUCCUGGAUUGGAUUUGUCAUACUGCUUAAUCUGCUGAUUGCCAUGAUGAGUAACUCUUAUCAGAAUAUUUGGAGCCAAUCAGAUGAGGAGUGGAAAUUUGCACGUUCCCGUUUGUGGAUCAGCUAUUUUGAUGAGAGCGGAACACUUCCUGUACCUUUCAACAUCAUUCCGAGCCCCAAAACAGUUUACUACAUCCUGAUCUGGCUUCGAGAUCGAUUGUUCAUCUGCUCAAAAGAUCACAAAAGGAAUCGAUGGCAGAGCAUUCGGAAGGUGGUUAAGAAAAUAAAUGAGCGAGAAAUCCGAUACCAGGCUGUAAUGCGGGACCUGAUCAAGCGUUACGUGAUGGCCAAACAGCGCAGUCCGCAGAGAGGGGAGGGUGUGACAGAGGACGAUGUGAACGAAUUAAAGCAGGACAUCUCCUCCUUCAGAUACGAGCUUCUCGAAAUCCUCCGCAAUAACGGCAUGAAAACGCCCAACAUCAACGCUGGGAAGCCGUCUAGUAAGAAGAACCUUCUACGAUACUGGAAACAUUUUGAUAAUAGCGAGAGCUUUGAAAGCCUUAACAGUAGUGGUGACCACACGUAGUGAUCAGUGAUUUUUUUGUUUGUUGUUCCCCAAGCUUGUAAUUUCAAGCAAUCCCCAUUGUUGGUUUGCAUGUAGAAGUUCACAUACAUGUUUAGUCUUUAAUUGGAAUAUAAUGGAGCAACUUUGAACAAGACCAGACAAUAUCUUAAUGAACAAUUUAUAUUUAAACAGGUAAUGAUGUAGAUUUUUUCAUGAAUUGUUUUUUGAAAGAAAUAACAGAACAAAAACAAAAAUUAAAUGCAUAAUGCUUUAAACAAGAUACCAUGCUUUAAGUGUUUUAUUGGUCUGUUGUAAGACGAAUGUCUAGUCCCUCUGUUGUUCUGUGAACACGUUAAAUGUGUUGUUGCGUAGAUCUGUAGAAGAACAUUGUUGAAUUUGUUCUUGAUAUUUAUUGAAUUUUUGGACAAGUUUUAUCACUGUGCGAUGUUGUAUAUAUUCCCCUGAGGACAAAUGUGUGAGCAAACUUCAUUGGUGUGUUACUCUGAUUUGCGAUCUCGUUUAAUACCCAAUGAAGACAUUAAUUCUGUGAAAAGCAAGCAAGAAGUGAUAAAAUAAUGGACACAUUUCAGAAUAUGGUUAAGUCUUUCAUUAUCAAUAGCAUGCAACCAUGCAACAAUACAUUAUUAGGCAAUAUAACUAUAAAUCAAUAUGUAACAAAAACUGAAGUUAGGAAUUUCAUUGUAAAGACUCUUUAUCAUUUCUGGCUGUAUGCAGUUCUAUUCUGAAAUCCUGUUAAGUAGUAUUCAAAUUAUGAUUGACAUCCAAAGAAAUUUAUUCAUUUUUAGCUCACCUGUCACGAAGUGACAUGGUGAGCUUAUGUGACCGUGUGAUGUCCGGCAUCCAUUGUGUGUGCGUCCGUCAACAAUUUACUUGUGUAGACAGUAGAGGUCACAGUUUUCAUCCAAUCUUAAUGAACUUUGGUCAUAAUGUUUAUCUUGAUAAAAUCUGGGUUGGGAUUGUAUUUGGGUCAUCUGGGGUCAAAAACUAGGUCACUAGGUCAAAAACUAGGUCACUAGGUCAAAUAAUAGAAAAACCUUGUAUAGACAAUAGAGGUCACAGUUUUCAUCCAAUCUUUAUGAAAUUUGGUCAGAAUGUUUAUCUUGAUGAAAUCUGGGUUGGGAUUGUAUUUGAGUCAUCUGGGGUCAAAACUAGGUCACUAGGUCAAAUAAUAGAAAAACCUUGUGUAGACAAAAGAGGUCACAGUUUUCAUCCAAUCUUUAUAAAAUUUGAUCAGAAUGUUUAUCUUGAUGAAAUCUGGGUUGGGAUUGUAUUUGGGUCACCUGGGGUCAAAAACUAGGUCACUAGGUCAAAUAAUAGAAAAACCUUGUGUAGACAAUAGAGGUCACAGUUUUCAUCUAAUCUUUAUAAAAUUUGGUUAGAAUGUUUAUCUUGAUGAAAUCUGGGUUGGGAUUGUAUUUGGUUAGUCAGGUGAGCGAUUCAGGGCCAUCAUGGCCCUCUUGUUUUGUUGUUGUAUUCUAUAUGUAGAAUGAUUUUAACCACCCAAAUCCAUAUCAAAUCUGAUGAUAUUCUGCCUGUUUAACGAUUGAAACAUAUUCCCCAUGCCAGUUCUUUGUAUGCCCCAACCAAGUGGGAGGCAUUAAUCAUUGCACUUGUUUCAGUCUGUGUGACUGAUCAUACAUAUGUCCUGAAACUUGUGUUUUCAAUUCCUUUUCAACCCUUUACCACUUAGAUACAUAUUUUUACUAGGGAUGCAAGAGGUUACAAAAAUAAUUAACCGGUUAACCUUUUUCCGUAACUGGUUAUUAACCAGUUAACAGAAACGCCUUAAGUAGUAAAAAUGAUUUAGAGUAUGUAAAAAAUGUCAUACCGCUCGAACCGCGCAGAAGAAACAAAAGUAAUUUCAAAUUUAAAAUCGCUUGCGUUAAUAACAUGCAAGAUGCGUAAUAAAAUGUAUUAUACAAUUUAUUUUAAUAAUUUUGUAAAUUUAUGCUAUAUAUUUCAUUUACUUUUUCCUGCGUAUUAAAGAACAACACAAUGUUCAUUUUCAUGUGUUAUUAGCUUAUUUUUGGUUGAGCCACUAAUAUUUCGUUUGGUCGUAUUCGCUCACAAAAAUGGUGUGUUCUAAAAAUAAAUUGUUCAUUCUGUUUUUAUUUGUUAAACUCAAAUUGGCUUAAUAUAUUAAUGAUUUUUUCCCUUUCGAUUCGACGUAAAGUGGGUCAUGUGUGUUCAACGAAUCCGCAUCUCUUCAUAUUCUAUAAUUGCAUAUUUGUUGUUUGCAUUUUAGCGUUUGUAGCCGAAGUAGUAUCGUUUGAUUUUCAUUAUACAAUUAAAAAAUGUGGGUAAAAUAAAGGACACGAAUGCAAAUUAAAUUCAUUUUGAACAAAAUGUAAGUUGAAUAUUUAAUAUAAUCAGUUAAUUUAUUUAAUAGCGAAGUUACUAAGUAUUAUGAUCUCAAAUACUGAUAGUUACAUUUGUUUGUUAUCGUACCAAAGCCCGCAAAUUUUAAGCAAUUACACAAUUACUAAAUUUAACGGUUUUACUUUUUAAAAUAUUUUUAAAUGAUGUUUAAUUAUUUAAUUAGUUAAUAAUUUGCUUUCUUAAAUAAAACUUGCAUUGGACGGUAAUGGUGGAAUCGUUUGACGUAAAUUAUCAUAAUGAUAUUCAUUAAUUUUUGAUAAACAAACAAGACGUUAAAUCGUCAAGAUUUUAACUACGAAUGCAAUUCUUGAUAAAAUUGUUAGUUAUAAACACGGUAUUUUCGCGAGCAAUCAGUGUUGAAUUUUUGAUUAAAAAAACAUCAAAAUAAGCCAUCCAAUGUAUGGUGAGUUCAAUAAACGUGUCAAUUACGUCUUUGCUAAUAGCUCCCACUCAUCGCAGUUUGUUAGUUAAAUUUUAGCGAGUCAAAAAAGAAUAGUGUCAGUUAUCAAAACGUACCCCCUAUUUGUUAUCACAAAGGUAAUGAUUAAUUGCUUUAUUACUUUGAUUGUUGACACGUUAUUUAUUACCAUCGAUGGUGCUGCAUGCUGUUCUAACUUGUCGCCAGCGCAAGUUGGCAGUAUGUCAAGCGAAAAAAGUAAAAUCGUACAAAUUAUUCCAUGAAAAAAACAUAAUCAAAUAUUUUUCCAGGUUAAACUUUUCCCGAAAAUGUAACCGAUUAACUGGUCGUUUCAGUAGGUUAACCGGUUAUCCUCUUGCAUCCCUAAUUUUUAGGCAUUUGUAGUCCAUUAGAAAGUUAAAUUUAAUUAAAGACCUCUCUUAUAAAAUUAAAGUUUUAAAGGCUUCAAUUCCAACCCUUAGUUACUGAUCAGCAGCAAACAGCAUCAAAUCUGAACAGACUGCGAGUCACUCAUUGGAAAUGAAGCCUUUCAAUUUUGAAUCUAGUAAGAAAAGUCUUUAAUUAGAUUUAACUAUCUAUGGGACUACAACUUUAUGUGACAAAAUAUGUAUCUACGUGGUAAAGGGUUAAGGCCCUUUGAAUUUUUGUCCACUGUAGAUAUACAUGUAUUGUGGAGUUGUCUUUGUCCAAACAUGGGUUGUGGGGACGAGAGUGUCUGUGACGCAUUUCUAGUUUUAUAAUUUUUACACAAUAUAUUUUUACUUAGAAAACAUACACAUUUAUUCCAUUUUAAAUAUAGAUCUUUUCCAUUUUACCAAGACCUUACAUAUAUGUGUAUUAGAUGUGCGCUUUAUAUAUGGUGUUUCACGCUAAACUGUGACUUCAUACUGUUGUGUUUUUGUUAUGCUUAUUCAGCUUGUCUUCCAAUGUGAUCCUAUAUAAUUAUUUUAAUGUGACCUAGAUUUAAUUAAGAUAUUUUAUAUCAAUACAUGUAUACACUGAAGUUGUUCCACAAUUAAGAAGGAGGGGCUUUUAGAUGUACCCUUUUGUGUUGGUUGUGUUCCGCGUAUCUCAUAUAGCUAAUUGGGCUGAAACUUUACAAAAAUAUGAAUCAGUAUGCAAAUUUAAUGAUCUUUAUAUUUUUGUAUGACCUUUUAAGCAAAAAGAAGACAUUUUUGAACUUCUGUUAUGUGUAACUUUUUGUUGCAAUUUUGCUGCAAUAUUAACAUAUUUCUCAGCAUGACAAACUUGCGUUCCUGGGUAAAUUGGUGCAGUUAGUUCUGACAUCAGCACAAUUAUGGCCAUGCAGUGCACAGAAAAUUACAUUUUUUGACAUGUAUUAAUUGCAGGUUACUAAAAGGGAUUGGAACUAAAGAAAUGAUACUUUUUCCAACAUUAAUAGUAUAUAAAUGUAUUCUGACAUUAGCAGUUUUUGCCCAGUUUUUACUAAUUCUGAAAGGCAAUGUAUAAUUAUGUAGUUGGAAUUUUUGUUAGCUGAAAUAAUGUACACAUUAAAUAGAAUUUGACAUGUUAAUAAGACAAAAAUAAUGUAUGACUCAAUUUAGUGUAACUUGGCCAGCAUAUUUAUUGAUAAAACUUGGUAAGAUUGUAAAUCUUAGCCACAGUAUCGAAGCCAAGUGGGGUAAAAAAAACUAUGUUAUCAGAGUCAAAUCCAAGGAAAAAAUCUUAUGAUUUUGAUUUCAAAUAAAUCAUUUAAUACUGAGUUUUUGUUUAUAUUUGGGAAAUCUUACAGAAGUCUAUUGAUUUACUAAUUUUUAUUUCCUUUUUUUUAAAUUUUAUUUGAAAAUUAAUGUUAUUAUGCUUUUCUCUUUUUUCAAAGAAGUUAUAAUAUCAAGUCUGUGAUUUGCUUUUUUGCUUUUUGCUGUUACCUUUAGUUUUAGACAUUUUAGACAUUUCAGCCCGUUACCCCAUCCACAUUGCUAUGUUAAAGCCUACGAAAACCCAUGUGUUGACUUCGCACAAUUUUACAUUAAGGUAAUAGCACGUAAAAAUUUCUACAAAAUCACCGUAUUUAUAGCAUGCAUCUUUGUUCUUGGUUGCAUCUUAAGAUGAAAAUUGUGUCUGAGAUUUUAUGGUAACAUCCUGGCAAAACACCAGUUGUCUAUAAAACAAUAUCAUUCAAAUUGAUAUAUAUAAAUUAAUGUUUUUUAUUAAUAAGUAUAAUCCAAAGAUUGAAUUAUUCUAUGGAAGGAAAUAGGAACAAAAUUAAUUUCAGUUUAAGUUAGUACUUUUAACAAAUUGUUCACUUCAAAGUCAAAGUUAAAAUCUCAGUUGCAAAUUUAACUGUAUAUUUUAUUUUUUCGAAAGCACAUGCAUGGUUAUGCAUAUUUAUUUGACAUUUGCAUGUACCAGUGAUCUGUAUUUUAUUCUUAAAAAACGAUACUGUCUUGUUUGCCGUGUGCGCUUUUGUAAAAUACAAAUGAAAUCAAGUCUGCAUUGCCAAAAUAUGCAAUUAGUGCACACUGCAGGAUGCUCUUCUCCCCUUCUCAGAAACAAAGGGGGGAGAGCUUUGCACCUGUCAGUCAGUCUGUCAUUUGAUUGGUUUGCAAGUUCAUCAUCAUGUUUUGAGAACACAUUGACCUACAAUCAUGCAAUAUGUUAGGUUUGUACUUGGGAUGACAGGACCAUGUGUUUCAUUUUAAAGCCUAUAGGUCAAAGGUCAAGGUCAUUAGGCUUUUUUUAUGAUUUUUUUAUUAAAAAAAACAUUUGAUGUGAUAUAAAAUUAUAGAGAAGGCUUUUACCUACAAUCAUGUAAAUUGGAAAUUGGUAGGGUGGUUACUUUGAAUAAAAGGAAAAGCCUACUUAUUUUAAGGUUAAUAGGUCAAGGUUACAAAAACUUGUUACAACUAAUUAACUGCAAUACACUAUCUGGAAAAAGCUUUGAAUUAAAAGCUUCUUAAUGGCAUGCUGGUUACUAGGGAGGAAAGACUGCCAUCUGUUGAUUUUGAGGUAAACAUAUAGGUCAAGGUCACAGGGCUUGCGUGAUUUGACAUUGGUUCAUCAGGAUAUCAAUACUUACUGGUACCAUGAAUCAAAUUGUUUAACUGCACAGUAUAUAAGUUAUGUUGUUUAGUUGUAUUUUUGCUCUUUAGGAAUAUGUAUUGAGGGUCAUACAUCAAAACAGCAAUGUAAUGUUUUUUUGUUUUUUUUUUAACAUUUCAAAGUAUCCCUACAUAAGAUUUCUUUGUUUAAACAACUAUCUUAAAUCAGUUUGAAAAUAUUAUUGCCAUGAAGGUAUGCAAAGAAAUAGAUAGACAACAAUAAGUGGGGGUUUAUAAAAGACUUUAUUGUGCAUAUGAAAUGCUCACAUAUCAUAAAGAUUCAUACAUAAAUGUUUUCAUUCAGUUUCAGAACAACCAAGAGCACAUUAAUGCUUUUUAAGCCCCCAAAGGAGGGCAUAUAGUGAUCGCACUGUCCGUCCGUCUGUCUGUCACACUUUGCGUUUAGGUUUCGAAAAAUGCUCAUAACUUCUAUGUCGCUUCAGAUAGCAAUUUCAUAUUUGGCAUGCAAAUGUAUAUGGACAAAGCCUUUCCAUACGCACACAAAUUUUGACCCCUGUGACCUUGACCUUGAACUAAGGGUCAGCGUUUAGGUUUCAAAAUCUGCGUUUAGGUUUCGAAAAAAGCUCAUAACUUCUAUGUCCCUUGAGCUAUAACCUUCAUAUUUGGUAUGCAUGUGUAUAUGGACAAGGCCUUUCCAUACACACAAAAAUUUUUACCCAUGUGACCUUGAACUUGAACUUAGGGUCCGCGUUUAGGUUCGAAAUCUGCGUUUAAGUUUCGAAACAUGCUCAUAACUUCUAUGUCCCUUGAGAUAUAACCUUCAUAUUUGAUAUGCAUGAUUAUAUGGACAAGGCCUUUUCAUACGCACAAUUUUUUUUACCCCUGUGACCUUUACCUUGGACUUAAGGUUUGCAUUUAGGUUUUGAAAUCUGCGUUAAGGUUUCGAAAAAUGCUCAUAACUUCUAUGUCCCUUGAGAUAAAGCCUUCAUAUUUGGUAUGCAUGUGUAUAUGGACAAGGCCUUUCCAUACGCACACAAAGUUUGACCCCUGUGACCUUGACCUUGAACUUAGGGUCCGCGUUUAGGUUUCGAAAUCUGCGUUUAGGUUUCAAAAAAUGCUUAUAACUUCAAUGUCCCUUGAGAUAUAACCUUCAUAUUUGUUAUGCAUGUGUAUAUGGACAAGGCCUUUACAUACACACAAAAAUUUUGACCACUGUGACCAGUUGAACUUAGGGUCCGUGUUAAGGUUUUAAAAUCUGCCGUUAGGUUUCGAAAAAUGCUAUAACUAAUAUCAAAGCGUUUAUAGGGGGCAUAUGACUUGUUCAUCCUAUGGUGACAGCUCUUGUUUUAUAUGAUACAAAUAUACUGUUUAAAGGGUUAUGUUUAGUUUAUCACGUUAAAAAGUAUACCAAACAAUAAAAAUAUGUGACCCUU